CAGAGAUUGUAUAAGUUGAUCGCUGGUGAGGCUUCCUGAUCUGGUAACAUGGGCCUUGGAAGGAAGAUGCUCACAGGUGGUGCUGUGGUGCUGUGUACAGGACUGGCGUAUGUUGUCUGGGACAUCGCCAAGAAGAGGAAGUCCCACACUCACACAUACAGGUCACUGCUGGACCAGUACAUCAGCUUUAGGGUCUUCAGUAUUGUGGGCAGGCAUAUGAGGAGAAAACUUGGUCAUGACUGUGAGAAUGUGUCAGCUGUGCAAGAGGAGGUUCUGCUACAGAGGCUGAGGGAACAUGCAGACACAGAAUACGGCAGGAAGUACAGGUUUGCAGACGUCACAUCAAGGGAAGACUACAGAAGCUUGCAUCCUCUCACAAGGUACGAGCACUAUCGAGAGUACGUAGACCGAAUGAUAGAAGGAGAGGAGAUGGUCCUGACCGCCUUCAAGCCCAUAGUGUUCGGCACCACCUCGGGGACCUCAGGAAAGUACAGCAUCAUUCCCAUGGGCCAGAAACAGAGGGUCAACUUCUUCCUUCAAGGAGUCACUGUCGCCCUCAGCUGCAUGUUGGAAGGAUUCCCCGAGUCAGACAAUCUCCAGAAGGACUUGAAGAUUUUCCACAUGCCACACUUUAGGGAAUCCGCCGCUGGUAUCCCUAUCGGACCCAAUUCCUCAUCCCCGGCAAAUUCUCAGGCGAUGUUGAACCUGUACUCGACUCCCAAACCUGGGUUUGACAUCAUGUCGGAACGUGAAGCGCUGUACGUACAUCUACUGUUCGCACUAAAGGACAGAAAUUUGGGCAUCAUAGAGGCGAAUUUCUCCUUCCGUGUUCACACAGCCUUGGUGAUGAUGGAGGCUUGUUGGCAGCAGCUUGUCACUGAUAUUGAGAAGGGUUGUGUGGAUCCAAACCUCGACAUACAAGACGGCACACGAGCUGAGCUGGACAAACUCAUGAAACCGGAUCCGGGCAGAGCACAGGAGCUGAGGGAAGAAUUUCAGAAGGGUUUUGAAGAGAUUGUGAAGCGAGUUUGGCCAUUUUUAGGUUUGAUCUUGGCCACCGAUACAGGAUCAUUUGACCUGUAUAGGCAGAAGCUGAAGAGCCACUACUGCAAAGGAGUCCCCAUGUACUCCCCAAUCUAUGGUGCCACUGAAGGUCUUGUUGGGGUGAAUAUUUGGCCCAAUGAUGAGGAGCGGCACUAUGUCCUGUGUCCACGCUCCAUGGUGUAUGAAGUCAUCCCUGUGGACCGUUCAGAUGAGGACCAACCAGACACACUGUGGUUGGAGCAAGCUCAGCUAGGGGGCGUCUAUGAGCUGGUGAUCACCAAUGCAGGUGGCCUGUACAGAUACAGGUUUGGGGAUGUGGUGAAGGUGGUGGGGUUCUACCACAAGUGUCCUGUCAUCCAAUUCAUGUACAGGCAAGGCCAGAUGCUGAACGUGCGAGGAGAGAAGACAUCAGAAGACAUGUUCUAUCAGGCUUUGAAGUCAGCUAAAACAUCCUGGGCAGAUGCUGACUUACAUGUGGUCGACUACUGCUGUGCCGAGAGUGUCCUGGUAGAGGAAGGACAGGCGAACCCAUUGCCACAUUAUGUGGUGUUUCUGGAGCUACAGAAUGGGGUCAAAGGUCAAGAAAGGCAAUAUGCACAGCAGCUUGAGGACUGCCUGAGAAAGACGGCCUACAUGUAUGAUCGCUGUCGGACGCAGGGCAGCAUAGGCCCUCUUGUGGUGCAUGUCAUGCCAGAAGGUUGCUUCUCAGAGUACCGUCAGCAUCUCCUGUCCAACACCAUGGCGGGAUCAAACCAGCUGAAGGUGCCUCGUGUCAUGAGGAGAAAAACUGAUGUGGACUUCAUGAUGGACAGGUUGAAGGAGUAGUGAGAUUAAUCACCACUUCCAAGGAGCUGGUGGUUAGUUCGUUAACAGAUUACUAGUGAUUGAAAAAAUCAAAACAGUGAGAGAGGAGGCAAGGGGAGUCUAUAUCAGCUGCCUGUAAUUACCAAGGAGGGGCAAUGGAUACAGGUGACCAAUGGUUACAGGCGGCCUAUACAUACUCCCCUUUCCCCCAAGAAUCUGCUUGGAAAUUAGUGAAAUAGGAAACCCAUGGAAACUUUCAUUAUAUUCUAAUGCUCUGUCAACAGUUCAAUUUUGUUUCUGGCUGUAGUUAAUGUACAUUUGUACCAAUGUAACCAAUGAAAAGUUGCACCAACUGAAAGAUUUCUCUAGAAAAGUUUGUAGGUUUUCUCUGUCCUUGGUGCUGAACAUAAUAUCAGCAGCUACCUCUGCUGCUUUCUGUAUCAGGUUGUAGAAGUGAAAUUGUUUGAUGUCUUGAAGCUUACACUAUUCCAUAACUGAGGUGCAACAUAUUCCUUUUCCUCAUACAUUUAAGUGUACAACUUAUAAACUAAUUCAUUUAAAAGAUAACACCAUACUUCUGUUGACAAUCAACAAAUCUUAUAUAAAGUUUAUUGUAUUCUCAAAAUCACUCUGUCCAGUACAUUUAUCAAUGUCAAUAGCAGUUCAUCAAAGUUGUUUCCAGCUCUGUGCACGCUAAUAUUUUAAUCCAGUAGUUAGUUACAGAAUAUCACAUAUUAGUAUUUGAUAUUUUAAUUCAAUGAUUAUAAUGCCAACCCAUACUUUGCAUCCAAAGUUCAUUUUUCUAUGUCUGUAGACGAUGAGAUGUUGAAACAAGUGUUGGCAAUGCACUGCCCAGGACUUAAUCGGAUUUGAAUCUUUUCACACAAUAAAAUUUCUGUCAGGAACAGUCUGUGUAGUGACUUAAGAUUUCCCGUGGAAAUACAUAAGAUAUAAUACAGUAGCACAGGCACUUUCACGUGCAUAUUACACAUCAUACAUCCAUACAAGGCUGACAAUAGGGGCUUCUUCACAUCCCUGUACAAUCUAUUGUCACAUCAUUUUCUUAUACAUGUACAUUUCUUGUCUACCUACAAAGAGAAAGAAGAGGUAGACAUAAAAAAGAGAAAGCAAAGAAAUUCCUCCUUUGUUGUAAAGAAACAAAAUGGUUUACCAAGGAAAGUUCUAACCUAUCUACCUCUUUGUUAAUCAGUAUUAUGUACAUGUUGAAUAAAACACUACUGCUUCCACAAAAUUAUCUCAUAACAGAAAUGGAUUUUUUAAACAGCUACACGUGUAUACUGUGAACAAAAGGAAUGUAAAAAUUCACCACAUGAUAAAAGUUUUAAAGCUUUUGUGAAAUCUGAGUUUCAAUAGCAACUUAUCUGCCAUUAUGUACAUGGGAUACUGAAACCAAGGGUGACCAAGUUUUAACAUAGAUUUUUCGUUGUUAUUGAAAAAAUACAAUCUUGGAAGCAGCCAAAUGAUACAUUGCAUCCAGUCUAGUGGAGGGACACAUGACACCCUUAAGCCUCCACAUUGUCAGAAAACAUUUACCUAUUACUUGUAACAUCAAAACUUGUUGCAAACUUAAUUGUAACUGCUUGCCUGCAUACAGGAUGCCUCAAUGUGCAUAGCUGUUUGGGAGCAGUAACAAUGAAUCUUUUUUUUUGGAGGCUAGUGUAUCUUACUAUCAAUAACUCUAUCUAAAAGGUAGCAUUUUCAUAAGUUUGACUGCAGUUUUCUUCCCAGCAUAUCUGAAGCAGCAAUGCAGCAUUUCUGUGUUGAUUUUCCAGGCAGUAAUAUUUCAAAUUGGUACUGCUACAGAAGCUGGGUAAAAGGCACAUGCAGUGACUUAUCUACACAGAAUACAAUAAUUACUGCAUGUGAAUGAUUAGCUGUCCACUUUAUCUACUGUUUCAGAAUUGAUAUUUUUUGUACUAACAUAACAUAAAACAACAUAAAACAGGCUGACUUCUAUAUUGUUUUGUGCUGCUGAAAUUGCUAUUCAUUGUCACUAGAAUAAAAAAAGAAUUAAAUCAGCUUAAUAUGAUUAUGAAGAUACUGACAACUGCAAAAUCCACACAACGUUUAGAUGUUGAAUACAAAAUUCAAAGCUCUUCUUGUAUCUGGUGAGGAGAGGACAUUUCUACCUACAUGUACAUGGCUUUUGUCUGCAACUAUCUGUGAAAGAUGUCCACAAUUCAUGGAAUGACAAAGGUGGUUCAAGGGCUAAAAUCAAUCUGCCAAUAUCUAUCUUCUGUCUGUAGCAGA